CAGUACUACCAGCAUUUCACACAUUCUCUUCUACCUACACACACAUGGACUUGCACACAGGCACACACUACCACAUGCACCAAGCGCUGGACGACGGAUUACAGGAAUACAGUGCAAGGAAACUUGCCAAGCUGUUUUGAGCAAAAAAGGAAGUGGAAGAAUUUAAAUCAGAAAAGCUGAGAGAGCAGUGUUUUCCCUGCUUCAUCACUGACACAUAUCAUCACCGGCUCCUUCAAACUGUGGCUGAACAACUAGACUCCACCAUUCAAUUUCUCUUUAAGCAAUUCAAAUCUGGCUGACAUGUGGAACUUCAAGAUGAUUUUAAAUCAGGCGAGUCUCCUCACCCUAUUGCUCUUGUCCUGGUCUAUGCUAAAGGUCCAUGGCGUGUGUCCGUGGAAGUGCUCGUGCCCCGUGUCUCCCCCCUCGUGCCCGCCUGGCAUCAGCUCCGUGCUGGACUCCUGCGGCUGCUGCCGGGUGUGCGCCAGGCAGUUCAACCAGGACUGCAGCGCCGCGGAGCCCUGCGACCACAUCAAGGGGCUGCGCUGCCACCUAGGGGCGGGAGGAGACCCUGAAAGAGGCCUCUGUCGAGCGGAAGCUCAAGGUCGACCCUGCGAACUGGACGGGCGGGUCUAUCAACAUGGCGAAGACUUCCAGCCCAGUUGCGAGCAUCGCUGCAGCUGUGUAGACGGGGUUGUGGGCUGCGUCCCUCUCUGCCCGCAUCAUGUGCCACUACCCGAGUGGCGCUGCUCCAGGCCCCGCCUUGUCACGCCGCAGGGUCGCUGCUGUCAAGAGUGGGUCUGCGACGAUGACAACCGCAUCGCUGAAGACGACAUAACCCACGUUGAUGAGCACAUUGACCUAGGUAGUAACGAGCUGCUGGCAUCAACACCUUGGGACAGCAGCGCAUCAGCGCCCUAUCAAGACUGGAUUUCCUUUUCUCAGUCCCAUGUCCUUGUUCCGUCUGGCUGCUUCCUGCAGACCACUGAUUGGUCGUCCUGCUCGGCUACCUGUGGGAUGGGUGUGUCCAGCAGGGUAACCAAUAGCAACGCCGAGUGUCGGCUAGUCAGGGAGACGCGCCUGUGUCAGAUUCGCGAGUGUGGAGGCAGCAUAGCAUCAUCACUCAAGAAAGGGAAAAAGUGUCAAAGAACCACGCGGCCACGCAAGUCUGCCCCAAUCGACUUCGCCGGCUGUUCCACCACGCGCCGUUACCGGCCACGUUCUUGCGGCUCUUGUACUGACGGCCGCUGCUGCGUGCCGUCGCUCACCCGCACAAUUCGCAUGCGCUUCCGCUGCUCACAAGGAGACGGCUUCACGCGCAACGUCAUGUGGAUCGAGCAAUGCAGCUGCGGUAAGAAGUGCCGCAGUGAAGUACGCGCAUGGCCGCCAGAAUCCUUCAGUUUACCCAACGACAUACACACGUUCACACACUGACUUGAAAUCCACUCAAGUUUCCUAGACGAACUUCUCUACCACAAAACUUAUUCACAUGUACAUUUAGGUCUACUUCAGACAUUAUCCUCAUCUUGCUUUUUAGACUUACAGUAGUGAAACGGUUGAGUCAUUGUAUGUUCAAGGGAAGUGUAGUUAUACAAAUGAUGCACUUCACAAGUUAUGCCGUGAAACUUUUAUCAGAUGACAGGCCACAGUUCUAUGCUAAAAGACAUAUAAGCUAUAUGUAUUAUAUUUGUAUUAUUUAUUAUGCUACAAGACACAUUAUUAUACAAUUGGUUAAAACUCUAACUUAUUUAUACAUUCUUAAUUACAAAAGUAUAUGAAAACAUCUUAAUAUCAUAAAUGUACUGUAAAAAUUGUAAAUAUGCCAUGUACAGAUUUCAUAUCAGUGUCUCAUAUCAUAUUUGUAUAGGCUUCACCUAUGAUGGAGUUUCAUUUUAACACCACCUCUAUUUUUGAGGUAAAUCUAAAAUUGUUAACACUAAUAUUUU